GCCCGGAGCGCGCCGAUCGCGGGCGAGAGGCCGGCGGGGAGUGGGCGCCGGCCGGGCGCUGCGAGGCCGGGAGUCCCUGCGCACACAGCCCCGCGCGCUCCUCUCCCCGCGCCCGAGCGCACGUGCGCGGCCUGGCGGGACGUCCCGCCCGCCCCGUCCCGUCCCGGGCGCGGAGGCUUCUGCAAAGAUGAUCCCUUGGUGCGUGCUGCUCUUCCUCCUCGCAGUGGCGCGAGCCGCGGACGAGCAGAGCCCGGAGGCGGCCCUGGUGGGGCCCAACGCCUCGCACUUCUUCUCCUGGAACAACUAUACCUUCUCCGACUGGCAGAACUUCGUGGGCCGGAGGCGCUACGGAGCCGAGUCCCAGAACCCCACGGUGAAAGCCCUGCUCAUCACGGCUUACUCCUUCAUCAUCAUCUUCUCUCUCUUUGGCAACGUCCUGGUCUGUCAUGUCAUCUUCAAGAACCAGCGGAUGCACUCGGCCACCAGCCUCUUCAUCGUCAACCUGGCCGUCGCCGACAUAAUGAUCACGCUCCUCAACACCCCCUUCACUUUGGUCCGCUUUGUGAACAGCACGUGGGUGUUCGGGAAAGGCAUGUGCCACGUCAGCCGCUUCGCUCAGUACUGUUCCCUGCACGUCUCAGCCCUGACGCUGACAGCCAUCGCCGUGGACCGCCACCAGGUCAUCAUGCAUCCGUUAAAACCCCGGAUCUCAAUCACAAAAGGUGUCAUCUACAUCGCAGUCAUCUGGACCAUGGCGACCUUCUUUUCACUUCCACACGCUAUCUGCCAGAAAUUAUUUACCUUCAAGUACAGUGAGGACACUGUCCGCUCCCUGUGCCUGCCAGACUUCCCUGAGCCAGCCGACCUCUUCUGGAAGUACCUGGACUUGGCCACGUUCAUCCUGCUUUACAUUCUCCCCCUCCUCCUCAUCUCUGUGGCCUACGCCCGUGUGGCCAAGAAGCUGUGGUUGUGCAACACCAUUGGGGAUGUGACCACGGAGCAAUACCUGGCCCUGCGACGCAAGAAGAAGAAAACCAUCAAGAUGCUGAUGCUGGUGGUGGUCCUGUUUGCCCUCUGCUGGUUCCCCCUCAACUGCUACGUCCUCCUCCUGUCCAGCAAGGUCAUCCACACCAGUAAUGCCCUCUACUUUGCCUUCCACUGGAUCGCCAUGAGCAGCACCUGUUACAACCCCUUCAUCUACUGCUGGCUCAACGAGAACUUCAGGGUCGCGCUGAAGGCAUUACUGCGCGUGUGCCAGAGGUCGCCCAAGCCUCGGGAGGAGCGGCCACCCUCCCCAGUCCCCUCCUUCAAGGUGGCCUGGACAGAGAAAAGCAGCGGCCGCAGCGCUCCACUAGCCAACAGCCUCCUGCCGUCCUCCCAGCUGCAGUCUGGGAAGACAGACCUGACGUCCGUGGAGCCUGUCAUGGCAGUGACCUAGAGGAGGAGAGCAGGAAGGGGCGGGGGGCAGGGCUCUGUCUCCAGAUGAGGCUGGGAAAGGGCCUGAGGGAGGACAAAGCCUGGAAAACAGCCUGUCCUCACACCCCUUCACAUGCUGGAAGCAGUUCCUGAAGAAGCCCAAGGACAUUUGAGUGCCUAGGCAACGCUGCCCAGGCUCCUCGACCCGAUAGAUGGGAAAACGAAAAGACAGCACCCAGCUUGACACGUGUUUGUGAACUCCUGUCUGAGCCAGGGGACCCAGGACGGCUUCAGCCCCCAUGGGGGCUGAGUCGGCCAACUGCCUACACCUGUCAGGCAGCUGCCUUACAGCCCUCCCACCACUGAGCACCCUCGAAGGACCCUGGAGUCAGACGUGCGGAGUGGCUGACCCAGAUGCACAGCUGUGCUUGAGAGAGGCCCGUCGGCCAGUGAAAGGUCAGUGAACCAGAGCCGGCGUGGAGGUGUGUAUGCCUCGCUUUCUGAAGUCACUGGAGCUGGCUGAGUCCCGGUUCUGUGGCGGCCCAACACGUGACAAGAAAAGACCGCGACUGGGUUCCUUAAUAUAAAGAGGAAUUACUGAGUUUCCUUAAAACAAAGAAACACUAUUAUGGAAACUUUGGAACAUUCAGAGAAGCACGAAGAAGAAAAUAAAAAUCACCCCCUUCUCCCUCCAACUUCUGAUAAGUUCUGUCAAAAUACUGUGGCUUUCUUUGCAGCUUCUUUUCGUGUGUGUGUGUGUGUGUGUGUGUGUGUGUCUAGGAUUUUCAUUUCAUGCUGAAUUACACUUGUCCAUUUAGAAAUAAGCAAGAAACUGGGCAUAGCCGAGAACUCCUGAACCCCUCUCCCGGGAAUAGUGUCCACCAGAAGAUUUCGAAGAUGAGGUGUGAGAAGAGCCCAAGGGGAACACCGUCCCAGAGCGGACAGACUGCCUUCGUCCCGCAGCCAGUGGUGGCAAGGGCCCGAGAAUAAAACUCAUCCAGGAGGCAUAAUUCCUCCUCUCCUGCAAGCACACAGAACAAGAGGUGGUGAAAUACUGCCCUGCUUUUGCAGGAGAUGAGGGAGCAGGCUUUCCAACAUGCUGGAAAUACCCGUGCUUAGACACCUCAUCCUCCCAAGCUGUCUGGUCAGGCCAUUUCUCCUCCAUGUCCUCUGAAUAAUAAGGCUUCUUCACGCCAGUUCUCAUAAGACGACUCACUGUCAACAUCACUCUCUCACGUGUCACUUAUCAAACCCUAUGGCAUCGUGAUGGUCCUUAGUGACUCAACUUGCCAGAGAAAUCUCAUUCCAGAGACAGUGAGUGUUUUCAUCACCUUCCAUCUGGCCCUGAGUGACUCACUGUGUCAUCCAGCAGAGAGACGCAUCAGGCAGGAGAGAGCUUCCUUCACCAGCCCUAAACAACUGCCGCUCUCACACUGGUUUGAGGUUUCUUUCUAGCACCAGAGAGAUCCUGAAAGCAAAGCAUGGUCAUGGAGCUAAGAGGGAAACUGAGGCUCAGGGAGAAGGGGUUUGUCUAAGGUUCACUUAGAUCUCUUGGCUGUUAAUUGAACCUGAACUUGGUCAUAUCAUCUGCUUCUCUGGAAGGAACCAUGGGGGUUCAUUAUCCUAUUCUCUCUAUUUACGAGGAUGUUUGAAAAUUUUCAAGACGUAAAGUUUAAAAAAUAAUCUUCUGAACAGUGGAUAGAAAAGUGACUUUCAUGGGACACAGAGAGCCUUUCAAGCCCAUAGGGAUCCCCAGGUGGAUUUUUUUUCAGACCAAGUGGCUCCCAGGCCUGUGAGUAUUGUCUCUUAAUGCUGCCAUGGAAAUUCUUACCAGAAAGAGAACAGGCGACAGGGUUACAGAAAAUUUGUCCUGCUCUGAAAUCACGGGGAAGGCUUCACUUUGUUCCUUCCUCUCUGAGGGCAUCUAGAAAUUCUGCCAAGUCCCAGAGAAGGCUCUUCUCUGGUGGAAGACCCUCCCCACUGAUGGCUCAUUAAGUCUGGGUCUCCUGUCAGCUCCCUGUCUCCCCCACCCCACGUUCCCUGUGUGCCUCAGAGCAGAAGUGAUUCGUGUUUGUGAAUGUGACGUGUGUAAAACUGGAAUCUUUCCACUGUGCUGUCAUGAGGACUUGACUGUAAAUUGCUCCCAUCUCAAUAAAAUACAUAGUGGUGUGUGGCCUGUGCUUCCCGGAUUUGUGAUGAGGCCACAGCUGCUGACCUUUCAAAUGGGGAUCCACGAGGAUUAGAUGAAGAGAGCGUGAAGAGCCUCGGCCCUCACCUCUACAUUUCACAGCUGCGCAAAAGCCCAAACACUGAGCGGGUUGAAAACCUCUGGUGAGUGCCUUCUUCCACGGAGCUGGCUGCCGAGGCCCCUCUUUUGUGAAAUCUGUGAAAUGAAUCUGUGCUGAGUGAUUUAAGCCGGGACUCCAGCUGUUCCUUGGUGAUUCCGGAGGAGGCGAAGCUGCCGCUCCCACGCGCAGGGUGCAGUAGGUACCACGUUCCUGUUCACAGGGUUUCUGCCCCCCUGGACCUGGGCUCCGCUUGUCCGACCAGCUAAGCUGGGUAGGAGCCUCUAUAAGCGGCUCUUUGCAGGAAACCGCCCUCAACAGGAAGCCCCUUUUCUUGUCACGUUAGCAAAGCUAUCUUGUAACUGACUCUUAGACCAGACAUCCGCAUGCUCUGCUCAUCUCUGGCCCAAGCACACCUUUCCCAUCUUUUGAUCACACAGUACCUUGCCUAACGUGUGGGUUCUUUUUGUAGAUCAAAGAAGUAGAAACGAAGAACAAGUACUUAACAGAUGACCAGAUCUCUUCCCUAGCUUCCCCUUCAGUAAUCUCGUGAACAAGAUAACAUCUAGAGGAAGGUCAGGAGGAGCUGAUGAGCCUGCAGCAGCAGGGAAUGUCCACGACUCUGACCCCCUAUCUCAAUGAUUAACUGAGGUUACUUCCCUGUUUCCCUUUAAAUCUUUCAUGGCCAAGCAGUCUUUGGAGGUGGUUUCUGGGGACACUGAGUGUACCAUCUCCCCAGAUUGCCGGCAUUCUGAUUAAAAGCAUCUUUCCUUUCUACCAACAGUUGUCU